AAAUGCAUCAGCUCCCACAACAGGCGAGAACGAGAGCGCAAUGCCAAGCUGAUUAUAGAGAUGGAUGGUGGUCAGACAUGCAUAACUGACCCCAGUGCCACUGAGGAGCCCAAAAAGUUCAGCUUUGACUACAGUUACUGGUCCCACGAUGGUUCCAAAGAAGGCCCUGAUGGGUACUAUGGGGCCGACAAAAGCCAUCCUAAUGGCAAAAAGUUCUGCGACCAGAAAACUGUUUUCAACGACCUGGGUGUAGGUGUGUUAAAAAAUGCUUGGGAAGGUUACAAUUCCACAUUAUUUGCAUAUGGACAAACAGGAUCUGGGAAGAGUUGGUCCAUUGUGGGAUAUGGAGUUAACAAGGGUGUUGUGCCACAGUUUUGUGAGCAGAUGUUUGUGGGAAUCGAUGAGAAGAAAGCAGGUGGAGACACCACAGAAUAUGAGGUGACAUUUAGCAUGCUGGAGAUAUACAAUGAGCAGGUGAGAGAUCUCCUGGACACAAAACCCAAACAAAAAGGUGGACUCAAAGUGAGACAGCACCCUAAAAAAGGCUUCUAUGCUGAUGGACUGAUUGUCACCCCUGUUGGAAGUUACGCUGAAAUAGAACAGAAAAUGGAUGAGGGGACAAUGAACAGAACUGUGGCAGCGACAAACAUGAACGCCACCAGCAGCCGAGCCCACACGAUUGUUGGCAUCACAUUUGUUCAGAAGAGCAAGAAUGCUGCAGGAGAAGAAAUGGCCAAAACAGCUGUCAUCAACUUGGUGGAUUUGGCUGGAAGUGAGAGGGCUGAUUCCACGGGAGCUACUGGGGAUCGACUAAAGGAAGGGGCAGCCAUCAACCAGUCUCUGUCAUGUCUGGGUAACUGUAUAGCAGCCCUGGCUGACCAGAGCUCAGGCAAGAGGGUCAGAGUACCCUUCCGAGAUUCUGUCCUAACAAAACUGCUGAAAAAUGCCUUAGGGGGAAACAGCAAAACCAUUAUGAUUGCUGCUAUCAGUCCUGCUGACAUCAACUAUGAAGAAUCUCUGUCAACACUAAGAUAUGCUGACAGAGCUAAACAGAUAAAAACUACAGCCACGGUGAACGAGGACCCGACCGCGGCUCUGAUCCGUGAGCUGCAGGAGGAGAAUGAGAGGCUGAAGAAGAUGAUGGAGUCUGGUAACAUGACUGUUAUCAAGGGAGAUGAUGAGGACGAUGAUGACAUGUCAGAGGAGGAACGAGCAAGUCUGAAAGAAGAGUUGAGUCAAGAGUAUGAGAGUUUGUUGGCAAAAAAUCAGCUGGAAAUGGAGGAAAUGAAGAAGAACUUUGAAGAGAAGCUUGCUGCUGCUAGAACUGUGCAGGAGUCUGGCGAGCCUCACCCAUCCCACACAGAGGUAAACGAGAAAAGGAACUCUGUGGCUCACCUGUACAACCUGAACAUGGACCCCAUGCUAACUGGGCGCAUCAUCUUCUUCAUUGAUACCCCAGAGAAAACAGUGGGCAACCCUAAAGGCACCGGCCCCAACGAUAUCACUCUAGUGGGUCCAAGCAUAGCAGAGAGACAUGCUAUCAUCUCCAUAGACAGUGGUGGAUAUGUCAUAGAGGCUGGGUGCGCAAACGUCCGCUUACUGCGCAAUGGCAAGGCUGUUACAGCUAAGACACAGCUUCAUCACAAUGACAGACUGCUGUUUGGUACAACUCAGUACUUUGUCUAUGCUAACCCACGAGAGGCUCAGCUAACCAGCACCCCAUUCCCUGAGGUUACCUUUGAGAUGGCUCAAGAGGAAAUAGCCAAGAAAUCAGGCUUUGAUAUGAGCUCAGAAAAUAAAUCUAAAGAGGAUGCUUUACUCAAAGACGAUAUGCUGGAGUUAAUACCUGCCAUCGAAGAAGCUAACUCCAUCAGUGAGGAACUAGACAAGAAGAUGAAGUUUGAGCUCAUGGUUGUCUCCCCUGAGGCACGAGGGGAAAUUCACGGCAGAACAGAGGUGAUGGUACGAGUUGUGCACCUGGAGACCAAACACGAGUGGAUUUGGACACGACAGAAAUUCCUGAACCGUAAAUACAUCAUGCAGGAGAUGUACCAGAACUACCAGGAGGGGGAUGAGUGGGACUUGCCCAAGGAGAAAGAUCCAUUUGAUGAAGACCUCAGCGCUGAGUUCCACAUUGGCAGUGUAAAAGUCUGGCUUCAAUCAUUGGCCUUCAGUAUAGAGACAAAGGAGCAGCUGGAAAUCACAGACUUUAAAGGCACAGAAGUGGGUUUACUCAAUACUGAGAUUAUUCCAUGUAAUAAAAAGGGCAAAGAGUACACCGAGGCUGAUGAUGUGUUUGUGGAGAAACCAGAAGAUCAGAUAGGGAAGGAGAUACAUUUUGUUGUGAAAAUCACCAGUGCCCGAGGUCUACCGAACAGGUUCACGGACCUUUAUGCAAAGUUCUUGGUGUAUACUGAUGACAAGUACAACGAAACAAAGAAAAUCCCAAACACAUGUAACCCUGACUGGAACUUUAAAAAACAGUUUGACUUCCCUAAUGCCACGGAAAAGUUAAUUGAGUAUUUAAAGGACAGUGCUAUCAUGAUCCAAAUCUGGGGCAAGCAGAAGCCUCCCCAGAAGAAGAAGACAGUCAACACAAAGACAGCCAUGUUGACAGAGGCUUUGACCAAAGGACACGUGUCUGCUACAAACACAAACACAAAGAGUCAUGACCCAGACAAGGUGAAGUAUAUGAUGCAGGUGGCUCUACUGCAGAAGAGACAGCAGCAGACAGAAGCUAAACUGCAAUACUUCAAGGAUCUAAUAGCUUUAUUGGAAGAAAAUGACAAGAAGAGAGUGAAGUCAUCGGUGCUGAAAGAGCUAUAUCAUGCAAAAUCAGCGGACGAGGCUAACAAGUGCCUUAAACUGUUGGUCAAGGACAAAGAUAAAGGUGAUGAUAAUGAUGACAGCAGUGACAGUGACAGUGAUGAUGAUGAUACACCCAGAAAGCCGAGGAAGAAGAGCUCUAAAUCUUCAGCAGAACGUCAGAGCGGGACGUCUGUAUGUGUGCUGCUGUAACUUCAGAUCCUCUCAGUACCUAUCGGCAUCAGGGUCAUACAAUCCCAAAUUAAUACCUGUAAUACUCUGACCUAUUUGUGUCUAAUUUAUUUCAGAAAUUAAUGUCUUAAAUGUUAAAUACUUGAGCUGUUGGGAUUUCUAAUAAUAUAGGUAAAUCUAGCUGAAAAUCUCAGCUUACUACUAAAUGCUGACUUUUAUAUAUAAAAAGUUAAAAAACAUUGCUUAGACUCAGGGAAUCCUGUUGAUUGCAAGGGUCGCUUUUUGUGUUGCCACUGACAAGAUUUCAUUGGAAGAAGAUGAACUGCUUUUGUAAAUUUUUCUUCUUGACGUACAUGUAUUUCAAUUAUCAGACUUGGGUAACAGCCAUAUUCAAGAUAUAUACAUCAUCUUUUAUCCCUUUCCAUAUCUUUGACAACAGAUAAUUUGCCAGACAACUUUGUUCAUUGUAUAAUUAUCUGUCUAUUGAAAACAUGUCUCCUGUUCUAAUCAUUGUCUUUAGUCUGGUUGAUGUCAGAGAUUGUCAUUACUGCAUUACAGCAAAUCUAUAGUUUCCUUGAUCAUGUACGCUCAAUCAGUGAAUGCAAAAACUCUGAGUACUUUGCCAUUAUUCAGGAAAUAUUUACACUUUUUUAUAUAACAGUUAAUUUUGGAAUUGUUGAAAGCAGUACAUUUCCUGAAUGUCGCAAUCUACUAUUUUAUUUGUGCAAUUAGCGUUAACUUUAGGGACUUGAAAUUUGCCCACUGGGAGAAAACCAUGUAGGAUAAGUAACAUCAAAAACUCAAAAUUAGACAUUUGCGACUGAACAAAGCGAGAUAGUUUAUGAAGUACACAAAUGUUCCUUAAGUCCACAAAUUAGUGGAUGAGGUCACAUCCAGCCUCCACGGAGAUUUGUCUCUUUUCUGUGCUUGUUCAGAACAUGGCAGAGUCCCUUUUCUAUCAUAAUUAUAAACCCUACUUUUUAGUCCCUAGUUUUAAUCCCUAGUUUCAAGUAUGACAAGUGCAAUUUUGGAUGCCCAUGGCUGACCAGACAAGUAUAAGAGCAGGACAAACACCAAAGUUUUGACAUUCCAUAAAUUAUUUUGUUCACCCUCCACCCCCACCACUUCAUCCCCACAUCAUCUUUCAUGCAUGUGUUUAUGAAGAUGUAGUUAUAAUAUUAUUGUUCCUCAAUAACCAUACUGUGUUUGAUAUAAAUGUUUUGAUAUAGCCAAAAAGUAGUUCUGAUUUUCAUGUCGUAAAUAUGUUUUGUUAAUGUAAAGGAGCGCUGUUACACGUACCUGCAUGAUUGCAUAGACAGGUAUGACAGGAGUCAUUUACUCUGGCUGUUUACCUGUGAAGCAUCACCUCUCAAGGAUGAUGUAUACUACAGCAGUUAGUUGGCCUUCUGGUGAUGCCCUUAGGAAGUUACAGGGGCUCAGGUUGACUUUUUUUUAAUAAAAAAGGAUGAUUCAGCCCUGUGAUUGAAAAAGCCUGAUUAGCUGAUUUCUAGGACACAACAAUAGCUUUUUCAGCUUCCUACCAAGAAAUUACCAUUUAUGAACACAGGUUCAGUGUAACUAUGUUAUAUGGAAAUCUUUGUGGUAAGGCUCAGAAGAUUGGACCUUUGUGAAAGUCUAUAAACUAUAUUCUAUCUAACAGUAACCAUGUAAUAAAGAAGAUUGUAUAACCAUAUUUUGUUUUUAUACUGAUGAUUUUCCGGCAGUUGCAAUAUUUUGACUCCAGUGUGCAUUGGUUGACAGUGAAUGGACCUGUCAAGACAACCUGCUCAUGGUGAUGCUCCCUGUCAGAUGUUCCACUGUUAAGCAUGUACUGUGAUUGCUGGCAUGCUUGUGACAGACAGGGUAGAGAGUAUGUCACAGUGAACUAAUGCACACUGGAGUCUCCCCUGGAAUGACCCCAAAGCCACCUCCCAAUGUACCUCAGGUAACAAGGAUGCUUGUCAAAGCAAGGCUGUGAUACUGUAAAUAGAAGAAAUAUUGUAUAGGAUUUAUGAGCCCCCAAUGGGCAUGCUGUCCUUGUGGGUUCAGGAAGCAUAUCAUUGAUUGAUUCCAUAUCAUUUAUCUGUGCUCCUACUGGUUUGGUGUUUAAUCACCUCUGAACACCAGGCAACCAUGCUCUUUAUAUUCACUCCAUAUUCUUUACCCACUCCUCUCUCUCAUUUUGUUUGACAACUGUGAGAACGUCGUGUAUAUUUAAUGGCAACAAGGAAAAUUUUGUCAGAAAGUUUCUUUCAGUUGAUUCUGAAAUGUAUUCCCUAAUAUAUUAUUUACAAUGAUGAGUAGGUUGUCUGGUGAUUUAUUUGUUGUCACUUGUUCAAGUAAACCUUCAGGGAUUAAAGGACACUAUAAAAUUGUUCACGAAUCAUGACUAGAUUAUAUAGACUGUUUUGGGUGAUGAUACAAACUGCGUUUUCCCAGUCCGACCUUCCUGUUCAUGCCUUACAUAGGACUGGAUCAACCAUGCUCAGUCAUUGUGGGUACAAUUUUUUCAAAUGUCACAGCUGCUCUUGUCUCAUAGGCGAAGGUUGGGUGUGUGUGCUGUUGUUUGUAGCAUGGUAUGCUGGCAAAUGAAGCCAGGUAAUUUUGGCCGUAUCCUUAAUUGUUAGUCUCCCAGAAAAUACUGAUGCAAUCAAAACUGUUUAUUAUUGUAUAUAAAAUCUCUAUACAUGUUCAAUUGCUGUAUAUUUUGUCUGUAUGUAGAUUUAUUUUUAAGAAGUUGAUAUUAUUGCAUGUUGUGAACACCAGUGGAAUGAAGCUUUACCUAUUACAUGUAGGUAAGACGACAAUGUACUGGUUGAUUAUACAUAAACUGCUGUUUUAUUUAUGAAUCAGGAAUUGGACAAAUUGCGCUGGCGAUUUGCUGUUUGAUAUGGUGGCUGUGGACUUCUCCUGGUUCUUGUGUAUUUAUUAU